GCCGGGGGGAACGUGGGUGUCAGUCAGUGCCGGGCUGAGGUUAGAAGGCAGGCGGCGAGAUGAGCCGGUCGCCCGCGUUCCUGAGCGCCGCCGAAGUGCAGGACCACCUCCGAAGCUCCAGCCUCCUCAUUCCUCCUCUGGAGGCGGCUCUGGCCAACUUCUCCAGCGGCCCCGACGGAGGAGUCGUGCAGCCCGUGCGCACCGUGGUGCCGGUGGCCAAGCACAGGGGCUUCCUGGGGGUCAUGCCCGUCUACAGUGCAGCAGAGGAUGCCCUGACCACCAAGUUGGUCACCUUCUAUGAGGGCCACAGCUCCACAUCCACCGUUCCCUCGCACCAGGCAAUUGUGCUACUCUUGGAGCCUAGCAAUGGCACCCUGCUGGCGGUCAUGGAUGGAAAUGUCAUUACCGCAAAGAGAACAGCUGCAGUAUCUGCCAUCGCCACCAAGUUUCUGAAACCACCCAACAGUGAUGUGCUGUGCAUCCUUGGGGCCGGUGUCCAGGCCUAUAGCCAUUAUGAGAUCUUCACAGAGCAAUUCUCCUUUAAGGAGGUAAGGAUAUGGAACCGCACCAAAGAAAAUGCAGAGAAGUUUGCAAACACAGUGCAAGGAGAGGUCCGGGUCUGUUCAUCGGUGCAAGAGGCUGUGACAGGUGCUGAUGUGAUCAUCACAGUCACCAUGGCAACAGAACCCAUUCUGUUUGGUGAAUGGGUGAAGACUGGGGCUCACAUCAAUGCCGUCGGAGCCAGCAGACCUGACUGGCGGGAGCUGGAUGAUGAACUCAUGGAGCAGGCCGUGUUGUAUGUGGAUUCCCGGGAGGCUGCCCUGAAGGAGUCAGGGGAUGUCCUGUUGUCAGGGGCUGAGAUCUUCGCUGAGCUGGGGGAAGUCGUGAAGGGCAUGAAGCCCGCCCACUGUGAGAAGACCACGGUGUUCAAGUCUCUGGGAAUGGCAAUAGAAGACAUGGUGGCAGCCAAACUAGUGUAUGAUUCCUGGUCAUCUGGUAAAUGAAACAGAAGAAUUUUGUGUUGAGAUGGAUGCUACAGCUCCAGGGUUGCUGCCCCUGAUUGUUUCAUAAUUUCUAGAUCAAAUGAGGGAAGCCCACUCCCCAGUGACUUAUAGCUUGUGCUUAUCAUGUUUUAACCUUAAAUACUAAGGUCCCCAUUCAUGUUUGUAGUUGGAAAGCAACACUGGUGACCAUUCCUUCUGUUAUUCCAGGUUAUCAUAACAUUCCCCCUCCCUUGUAUUUCACUAACUUUGUAUUCCCCUGAAAUAAAGCAUUUUCCAAUUCUGCA